GAGUUUGCAAGCAUAUAACAGACAGGCCAGCCGCUGUACGACAGAGAGUGAAAGAGAACAUUUGUGAUAUCGUACGCAAUAUACAGAAAUAUGUCAUCUGCUUGUGGUUCUGCUUUUUACGACGUAGGCGAAGUCUUAUAUCAGAAUCGCAAGAAUAACCGAUUGAAAAUGCAGCUGAGCCCUGAACGACGGAUGGUAGGAUCUUUACCUGGACUACCACGACACAGAAAUUACUCGGGCAGCUCAACAAGUGCGUUGAGUACGGCAAGCAGCGGCAGUGGUAAACUCAGCCCGCCUCUCACUCCCACGUUGAUCUCACUCAAUGACAGCGCUUUUACCAACAGUCGUGAGGGCCGCAAGUUGGACAGAAGUUUGAGCGAACCCUGCGACAGAGUUUCUGGACGGAAUGCUAAUAUCAACUCGAGCCGUUACAAGACUGAGUUGUGCCGGCCUUUCGAGGAAAGUGGUUACUGCAAAUACGCUGACAAGUGCCAGUUCGCCCAUGGAAUGCACGAGCUACGAAACCUGGCCAGACACCCCAAGUACAAAACCGAACCCUGCCGCACAUUUCAUACCACAGCUUUCUGUCCUUAUGGGUCUAGAUGUCAUUUCAUUCAUAACGAGGAGGAGAGGAACCAGCCCAUCCCACCCAAACACAUUUCGUCCAUGCAAUCAACACAGUUCAGUUCGAAGGCAGUCCAGCCAGGUCCGGUUCAACGACCCAAGACGAUCAACUUGAGCCUGACGUCUCUCACUUCCCCCAGCGAGAGCUCUUCGUCUAGCGGGACCGGUAGUCCGUCGCUUAGCCCAACAUUUUUCGGAGAGGACAUCAAUUCUGACUUCAUUCCCGUACCGACACCACUUUCAACAGCGACAACCACCACAGCACCUGUCAACCUGACAUCGCUUCAAGACCACACUCUGGCUUCCUUGAUCGCCCCCAUUAACAUCCAGACACAACCCAACCUAGACAGUAUUCUAAACAAUCAUCACUUGAACAGCGCUUUCUUCCAGCAGCAGUUGAAUUUCUUGGUGAACCAGAGGAACAACACGGCGACGACAACAACAACAUCGCCUCCUCAGGGAUUGUCUGUUGGACCAGCCGACAGUCCGCACGGUUACGAGUUGUUCGGUUCAACACCGUCACCACCCGAAAGUGUCUCCGGCGACAGUUUGGGAUCAACUGGCAGUGGUUACGAGUUCGAAACCUGUGGGUCUCCACUAGACGUGAGUAAGGGACUUCGACUGCCGGUAUUCAGUCAGUUGUCCCUUGAUGACUGAGUUCCUCCGUACACAGUUCCUACGGACUUGACAAUUCGGACCGUAGUCCUGUUUCCAUAUUGUUGGUGAAGUCUAUUUUUAUAAAACAAUCAGGAAUAUAACCGGAGUUGUCAACAUGACUAAUUUACAAGUGCCUUUUUGUAGAUCGUGGCUUGAAGAUGGGACCAAUUACCAAACGGUUUAACAUUUGACUUAUUAUGUACGCAGGUUACAAAACUACAAUCAAUAUGUGCAAGUAAUGACGGGCCUAUGCAAAAAAAGUUGAGCAACGAACUUCCAUUCCUUGUUAUUAUUUCAUCUAUUUAUGUUCCCAGCGGCUACUUAACUGGGAAUCGAGUUAUACGCAAGCUCUUGGAGGCCAUUUCCAGGAAACGUUUUUGUGAAGUAUUAUAUAUAUUUAUGUAUGGUCGCUUAUUUAGUCUAAAUAAUAUGAAAGAUGUGAAGAUAAGAUAAUUAUAUUUUGUAAACCACUGACUUUUUAAGACGUAAUUCGUUCAUCGUUUUUUUUUUUUUUUUCUGAAGCGACCUGUUAGGGGGGAAAAAUCGCUGCAUUAUUCACUGGAUUUAAUUUAACUUAUGUAUGACUUAUUUAUUGAUCUGUACGUUUGGUUACCAAGAAGGAAGCUAAAUGUAGCCUGUAUGUUGUCUGUAUGUAUGUUAGUGAAGCGUUAUAUUCUUUUAUAUAUUUUCUGUUAAAUUAUGAGAGAUCACCAAAGACCGAGUGAAUGUAGAAUGCAUCAGUGUAAUUGUGAGUGUAUAUAUAUAUAUAUAUAUUAUAUAUGAUCUAUAUCAUUUUUUUUUUCUUUCAAGAAUUGGCUAGUUUAGCCUACGCAUUUUCGUUUCAACAGACAUAAUUGUCACCCUUGUCAACUAGUUAUUUAAUUCCACAUCAUACCUCGUGUGUUCACAAAUUAAAACAUUCGCUUAAUUAUCAUCAA